CACAUAACUACAUUAUCAUCAUUCUUUGUACAACGUAACCCACAUUUCGGAUCUCUUGAUCCUUCUUCUUAGAUCUCCAAAAGAUAUUAAAAUUUUUGGCCACUAUGGAAACUGAACGUAAGAAGGACAUGUUGAGCAAGAAAGGGUUAUUUUUUAAAUACCCAAUGAAUUACGUGUUUGAAGAGCAGCGAAUGGUUUGUUUACUAAUCGGAAUCGCCAUUUCAACUGCGGCUUUCGCUGUGGUUAAUUCUGUUUCUUCUCCGUCGUUGUUGGCCGGGUACAAGAUCGGUAGUGAUUCGAUUUCGGACGUUUCGGUUGUGUCAACUUCUUUGAUUCCUCGUAGAAUAACGUACGAGGUGGUCGGUGAAGCUUACCGCAACAUUAAUGCAGGUGGAAAGGUGCCAUUAGGAUUGAAGAACAAGAAGUUGAGAGUAUUAGUAACAGGUGGAGCUGGUUUUGUUGGGAGCCAUUUGGUGGAUAGGUUGAUAGAGAGAGAGGAUAGUGUGAUUGUGGUUGACAAUUUCUUCACUGGUCGGAAAGAGAAUUUGUUGCACCAUUUCAGAAACCCUAAAUUCGAGAUGGUUAGACAUGAUGUGGUGGAGCCAAUCUUGCUAGAAGUUGAUCAGAUUUAUCAUUUGGCUUGCCCUGCCUCUCCUGUUCAUUACAAGUAUAAUCCUGUCAAGACCAUCAAAACAAAUGUGAUGGGAACAUUGAACAUGUUGGGGCUGGCAAAAAGAGUAGGGGCACGAUUUCUGCUCACUAGUACCAGUGAAGUGUAUGGUGAUCCUUUGCAGCAUCCUCAAGUCGAAACUUAUUGGGGCAAUGUUAACUCUAUUGGUGUCCGAAGUUAUUAUGACGAAGGAAAGCGAACAGCUGAGACUUUGGCCAUGGAUUAUCAUAGAGGACUUAACAUUGAGGUUAGAAUUGCUAGGAUAUUCAACACAUACGGACCACGUAUGUGCAUAGACAGCAUAGAUGAUGGUCGGGUUGAGAGCAAUUUCGUGGCCCAGGUUUUUGUUAAUUCAUCUUUUCAUAUAUAGACCGAAAGCGGAUUUUUGCACAAAUAAACAAACUUCUCUAUGCUUGAAUUAGCUAAGGUAUUAGUACUGAUUUUUAAUUAGUCCAAGCAAACAUUUGCCUUACAAAAUUUCAAAACCCAUAUAUAGA